AGUUUCAUUUUAACCUUUGUCGUGGCCGCACGGAAUGGCACGGAUUGGUGAACGAAAUUAAAUUAUCAAAUUUAUCCGAAAUAUGCACAAUAAAUUGAAUUAUUGUGCAUUGCACUGUCUACGCGUCUGAGCACUAAAACAGUGCCCCAUAAUUUGCGCGUGCCGAAUAGCAAAUGCAAAUCAAAAUUCUCGGUGCAGCGAACAACUGCGAUUGCAAAUGCAAUUGCAAUAACAAUAGCAAUUACAAAAGCAACAACAAAAACAAGAUACACAGCAAUUAAAUUUUAAGUGCAACUGUGUGUGGCGCCUCAAGCGCCGUUAUUUAAAAAAAAAAGCCGUCAAAAUGUCAUCGCUAGAGGUGCGCAACAAUUCGGCCAUGAUGAAGCGGGCCGAGCAACUGAAGCGCUGGGAGGAGUCGGACACUAAUCGAGCCGCUCCGUCUCCACGCCACGAGCACAGCCGCAGGAUAAAAUUCAGCUCGGGCUGCGUUUUCUUGGCCGCCUGUCUAUCGGGCGACAAGGAGGAGGUGGUGCAGCUGCUCGAGCAGGGCGCCGACAUAAACACGGCCAAUGUUGACGGGCUCACGGCUUUGCAUCAGGCCUGCAUUGAUGACAAACUCGACAUGGUUGAGUUUUUAAUAGAGCACGGUGCCGAUAUUAAUCGGCAAGACAACGAGGGCUGGACGCCACUGCAUGCUACCGCCUCUUGCGGCUUUGUUAGCAUAGCCUGCUACUUGGUGGAGCACAACGCGGAUGUGGCUGCCGUGAAUAGCGAUGGGGAUCUGGCACUGGAUUUGGCCAUCGAUGUGCAGCAUAUGCCCAUGAUUAAUUAUAUGGAAAAGGUGGUGCAGGAGCUCAAUAUUGAUGUGGAUCAGGCACGCAGAGCCGAGGAGCAGGCCAUGCUGAAGGAUGCGAAGCGCGGUGAUCUGUCCGAAGUGGAUCGACCGCAUCCGAAAACUGGUGCAACAGCGUUGCAUGUGGCCGCGGCCAAGGGCUAUGCGAAAGUGCUGCGACUGCUGCUCGCCGCUGGCUGCAACGUGGAUAGGCAGGACAACGAUGGCUGGACACCAUUGCAUGCUGCUGCACACUGGGGCCAGAAGGAGGCGGCUGAAAUGCUGGUUGAGUCACUGGCCGAUAUGGAUAUCACGAAUUAUGCUGGCCAGACCUGCAUCGAUGUGGCCGAUCGCAAAAUGGUCAAAUUCCUUGAAGAACUGCGCGCCAACAAGCGCAACAAACGGCGUCCAUCUAGUCAAAUCAGCAGAAUCUCAGAUGCGAUUGAAAAUCAUGUGGACAAAACACGAACGAAACUCGUACGCGUUGAAGUGAGAACUGAUACCGCUAAGGAUGCUGCGAGCGGCUCGCUUAAUACGAGCGCCCAAUUGGCGCCCCAAGAUGUUGAUGCUAUAGUUGAGACUGCUGCCAAGGAUCAUAAUGAUGAUGUUGAUGUUGAUGAUAAUGAAGAUGAUACCGAUUCAGAGCUCAGCGAUUCCACAGAGAGCUCACACAGCACAAGUUUAACCGAGAGCGAAGCUGAAAAUGUUAAGCCCAAUCAGCAUAUUCAUGCCGCCGAGCAUUCUGGCGAGGAGGAGGCGCCCUGGCGACGCAAAACGCUGCGUACGCCCAACGACAGUCCCACUAAGAAUCAAGUUCCUGACAAAGAGCUAAGCGGCAAGAGCGCCAAUGAGACCGCCAACGAUGUCAUCUUGCGACGCACCCAAAGCUUUGAGAAUGAUCAAAAAUUCUAUCAAAAGUACAAUGAGCUGCGGGCACGCAUAAAGGCGAACUCAUGUCCCAUACUGCCAGCGACGACGGCGGCGAAUGCUGUGCCCGGCAAUAAUGCUAAUAACAACAAUAACCAAAGUAGCAAUAACAACAACAAUAACAAUAACAACAAUAAUAAUAACAAUAAGAGCGCGCUGCUGUUGGGAAAGACUGUGAGCACAACCAGCAUCAGCAGCAGUGGCAGCAGCAGCAACAACACAACAACAACAACUACUACUACAACCACAUUCWACACACACACCAACAACACAACCACAACAACAACAGCAACUGCAGCUACUACAGCCUAUCCAAGUCAAAUUUAUAGCGUACAAAGAUCGGCAUCCCUCAAAGAUAACUCAGUAUAUUUCAGGAAACCAAUUGCUCCAGCUACGAUGCUUACGGCAGCAACAACAACGACUACAACCACAACAACGACGCUCAGCUCACCCGCAUCAACUGUGCUCACCCCACCUAUUCGCAGCAAUCCGGCCAGCAACAACAACAACAAUAAUAAUAAUAACAUCAACAACAACAAUAACAACAACAAUGGUAGCUCUACGGCCAGCGCCAGUGCAAGCGAUGUGGAGACCCCGAAACCCAAGCAAUCGGCUGGCAAUAUAUUCAAGAACUUUUUCAAAUCCUUUGUGCCGCCUGUGCGUGACGAGGAAAGCGAAACUCAACGCAAGGCUCAUGCGAAGCGAGUGCGUGAGACGCGUCGGUCUACGCAGGGCGUUACGCUCGAGGAGAUCAAGAGCGCCGAGGAGCUGGUGAAGAAGAAGAACCUGGGCAUGAACAACAACAACAACAAUAACAACAACAACAGCAGCAGCAAUGAAACAAGCUCCACCACUGCAACACCAGCAACUCCAAGCACAACAACUGCAACAACAACAACAGCAACAGCAGUCAACAAUAGCAGUGAGAACGAUAUUGACGACAGCAGCCAGCCAGAGGCGCAGCCCCCACCACCGCCCACAAGUCCGCCACCAGCCAUAAUACCCAGGACAGCAACCACAGCAGAUGAUUCGGAAAUAAUUGAAGCUGUGGUUGGCAGCGCCGAUACCACCGCUAGCUUCACACUGGCACCGCCAGCACACACACAUGCAGCUGGCGAGGAUGAUGACCAGCAGACGGCGGUCAGUGCCAGCUAUACGAUAGUCUCUAGGCGGGAGAAGCCCGUCGAGUCUGAGACCGAUCAGGAGAAGAAGAAACAAGAGGCGGAAGAGUCGAGCAGCCACAAACAACUAAAGACUGACCCAGUAGUUGCCAAGCAAGCGCGCGUGACGGGCACAGAAGCCAGCGGCGAGUCGACGCCGAUUCCUGCAAGACCCACAGAGCUGCCGCUCGCCGCCGCAGCGCCUACUGAGAGCAGAGCGGCGACAACGCCGACGCCCGUAACAACACCCGGCAGUCUAGAGAGUCCGGUACGAUUGCGUGAUAAGCGCAAUCUGAGCAGCAGCUCGGCUGGCGGAUCUGCUCAGGAUGCGGAUGGCAAGUCGGAUACGGCCUCGCCAGUGGCUGCACAUGCAGAUUUUAAUGCGCGCGACUCGUUGCUUAGCCUGUACGCGCGUCGCACUAUGGAGAGUGGUGCAGGUGGUGCUGGUGGUGCGGCGACUUCUGCUGCUGCUACUGUUGUUGCGCCAUCGACGUCUUCCUCUUCAAGCACAUCCAUAUCAGCAGCUGAGCGACGUCCGUCUUGGCGUCUCAAGUUCGAUGCGGGCUCAAAGUUCAAGCUGGAGGAUAUCACCAGCGGUGGCACUUACCCGCCCAACCAGAGCACCAUCAUACCCAGCGCACCAGCGGUCAUGGCAGCGGUCAAUUUGGCCAGCACCGCGGGCAGCCAGCGUCGCAUCAGCAGUGGGCCCAAUGCGCUUAAUGCUUCCAAUCAGUCGCUCAACUCUGUGGGUCGUCCUGUCUCGGCGCCUAGUGAGAGCAUUAAUAAUAGCGCCUAUGUAACGCCACCGGCGCGCAGAUAUGAAACAUCUACGCUGCCGGCAACUGCCACAACAACAGCCACUGCAACAACAGCAACAACUGCCACGACAGCCAACAACUCUGCAACGUCUGCAUCCAGUGCCAACCAUGCAACGGCCACCAGCCAUGAAGAUAAGGAUAACGACAAGGAGAAUGAUAAUCGCACACAGACUGUUAUACAGCGACGUCGCAAGCCCAAGCGCAGAUCCACGGGCGUGGUGCAUAUCGAUAUGGAUGAAAUCGAUCCAGAGCGACAACAUGAAACGGCUAACAAUGACAACGAGGAUAAGGAGAAGGAGAGCGGCAGCGAACGCACCUCACGCUCGCGCACUGGAAGCACGGCGACAGCGAGCACCGGCAGCGACUCAAAGAGCUCCAGCAACAGCGAUAAAGCGGAAAACGGCGAUGGCAUCGAUUAUAAGGCGCUCUGGGAAGCGGCCAAAUUGGAGAACGACAAGCUCAAGCAACUGCUCAAGCAAAAGGAUGAGGAAGCGGUGCAGACGCGUGCAACGCUCGAGCGCUUUGCCAAUGCCACCACUAAAAACUCGCUCUCUGAGAUUGAGAAACGUGAGAGAAGAGCUAUGGAACGCAAGGUUUCCGAAUUGGAAGAAGAGCUCAAGCUCUUACAGAAGCUAAAGACUGAGAACGACCGACUGCGUGCCGAGAAUCGUGCCCUCACGCGUGUCGUCUCUAAGUUGACAACAUCGGCCCAAAGUCAGCUGGCUAAAAGCAAAUAGGCAACAGUUCACAGUUUACAGUUACUUUGCCCAGACUACAGCAAAGAAAUUUAGAUACAUGCAUACAUACAUAUAACUAAAUAAAUAUUAGAAAACAGCAAAAUCAAAUAUCGUAAUCGUAAUCGCAAUCGCAAUCGUCAUCGCUAUCGUUUCUCUAUAUGCAUACAUCAAUAUACACCAAACAGCAGUACACCUAGAAUAGUAAAAAUUAUUUAUCUAAAAGAUAUUCGGACACCACCAUUUGAUGUGCUAGCUAGCGAUCAGCUAAUCAAAUAAAAAACUUAUUAGAUUCUACUAUCAUUAUUAUUAAAUAAAAAUAUUAUUAUUAAAGAAAUAUUUGCAUUGUUAUAUUGAGAGCAACGUGUAACAAUAAUUGAUUGUAUUCUAGUUUUAAAAUUAAGUUUACAACACUUUUUGCGAGGGGCAACUAAGCACUUUUGCAUAGCCUGGCACUACUGUUCUAUAAGGCCUGAAGCUCAAUCGAUAUAUUACUACAAUAUAUAUACAACACAUGCACUUUAGCUAAUGAAUUUGUUGAUUGAAGCCACUCAGUAAAGAUAUCGCUGCAGAAUAUACAUAUAUAUCAUAGCACAUACAUAUAUCCACAAAAUAUCGCAUAUACUCGUAAUCAAAAUCAUCGCAACUUCAAGGAUUGUAGACAAA